UUCUCAUUUUGUUAUUAGACAUUGCAAUACUUAACAUGAUGGUCUUUUAUCAAAACCGAGUAGGUUUUUUCUGUGUUUUAAUCGGUUUUGUUUAUGCACAACAAUUUUUAGAUGAUGAAUGUACUCUGCGAUCAUCUGGUGCACCAGGAGUUUGUCAAACAUUUCAGGGCUGUCCAAGAGUGCGGGAAGAUUUGCGCAAAUUCAACCAACGUCCUCAGCAUUGCGGCUUUUAUGGAUCACAGCCUUUAGUAUGUUGUCCAAUCGAAAAAACUCGACAGCCAGGAGAAAUCAGUAGAAAAAUGUGUGCACAAUAUGCUGAAUAUGUUAAGGAAACAAUUAUACCACCAAUCGGAAUAAUAGAUGCUGCUCCGGUAACAAGAAACGAAUGUGGUCAUAAGGUGGUUCCACUUGUUGUAGGUGGAGAAGAAGCCGGUAGAAGGGAAUUUCCACACAUGGCUGCCAUUGGCUACGGAUCCACCCUUGAUGACGCGAAGUGGUUAUGCGGUGGAACAAUUUUAAGUGACAAAUAUAUAUUAACAGCUGCACAUUGUUUGAGCAAUCACGAAUGGUAUGAUGCUAAAUGGGUAAAGAUUGGCGUUACUAAAUUAAACAGCACUUUUCGAAGACAACAUUUCGAAAUAGCAGAAUUAAUACGGCAUCCGAAGUAUAAGUCAUCGUCUCAUUACAAUGACAUUGGACUGAUAAAAUUGAAGAAAUCAGCUAGACUAAACUCAUACGCAAGACCAGCAUGUCUGUACGUAAACGAACAAAUUUCCACAAGAAGAGCAGUAGCAACUGGAUGGGGUCGAACAGCCCAAGAAGGCGACCUUAGUAAUGAUCUACUCAAAGUAAUUAUAGAAUUUAUUGACCAUGACACUUGUGAUUCCAAAUACAGGAACGUAAGAAAAUUGAAAAAAGGGAUUUUGGAUGAUCGUCAGGUCUGUGCAGGAUCGGAGGGCAAAGACACUUGUCAGGGAGACUCUGGAGGACCUUUGCAAAUAUAUCACACUGGCGACAAUAUCAAGUGCAUGUAUGACAUAGUGGCUGUAACAUCUCUAGGAGCAGGUUGUGGUGGGGAACCGGCAGUGUAUACGAGAGUGUCAUAUUAUGUACAAUGGAUAGAAGAUAUUGUUUGGCCAUAAAAUACUUUAUUAUGUUAAGUUAAAUCUAUGUAUUGAUGCAUUUUGUUCCGAAUUAUUGUUCUAACGAAAUAAAUGCAUCUAUUUUGUUUUUAAAACAAUGAAUAUAAACACAGUUAUAAAAAGA